AUGACAGUUGAUAUUACGAGCUUGCAUCCAUCGCAGGCCCUUCGACUACGUACACCCCCAGGUUCAUCCACACAAGCCGAUAUCGUCAAGGUCAAAACACGACUCGACAACAAAACCGGUCAACACAUCGUUUUGUGGAAGGAUGUCCAGAGCUAUUUCAAGAAUGCUCAGUGCGCCAUGGAAGCCGGAGAGAUAGUGGCGUUCCUGACCGACGACAACUUUGUUCACCUUGAGCCUCUGAGGAUUGAUCAUCAUCCUGGAGUUGUGCUUGAUGUGGUUGUCGGCAACACCGGACAAAGCACCAUCGAUCGUGCAAGGGAUGAAGAGCCCCUCCAGCAAACCAUACCCACAACGUCAGCCGCUCCCUUUUUUGCUAUGGGUAUGCCAGCCAAGGUCACUGACCUCUCGCGGUGCAUCUCACCCUCGUAUGUGGCUGCUGAUGAUGCGGAAUCUGUUACACAGCAAGUCACUGCCCUCUCCAUAUCGGACCAGACGUCCUCGCACAAAGGACCCAUUGUCUGCUCAACCGAGAUGACACAGCAGUUGACCACGUCUUCUCAGGCCUACCUUAACCAGUGCUCUUUGCAACUUCAGGACAUCCAGCGCGGUCAAAUUGACAUUGUUGCAGAAGUGCGCCAGAAUAGGUUAUUACAGCAGCAGAUGGAUGAGAAGCAGAAGCAAAUGCUCCAAAUGCAACAUCAGAUGGACGAGAAGCAGGAACAAAUGCUCCAGAUGCAACAACAGGCCCUCAACCGCCUAAUCAUGAUCCAAAACCGCGUCCAGGCCGUCCUUACACAGACCUAUGAACUCCAUGAGUAUCCUAUUCCACGACUCUUCAUUGUUCUUCCAAAGGCAUCAAGACGUCGUGACAAGUUGCUCAAUCCCUUCUCAGACCAGUUUCGUCUUUAUUUCUUGUGCGAAUGCGGCUCUCACACCAUGUCCGAGGGAACCAAGAUACCGCACGAGAUCCACCUGGCCAAGCACGAGGGAUACGAUCUGAGCCGCCCAAACGAGUUCUUUGAGAAGUACGGGUCCUAUGUCCUGAUGCUGAUGCAGAUGAUCAAGUACGGGGUCACGAUUGCCGGGGUGGUUGUGCCAUCGCUGGCACAUUUCAAGAUUGCAGAUGGAAUCGAUGCGGUCCAGGAGCAGCUCCAGUUCGUGAAAGAUAAUCUUGGACCAUUGGUGGACAAUACGAUCAGCUUUAUUGAGGACCAGCAGCAAAAUAACAAGAGUGGGGCAGACGCAGCUGAAGGACAGACGAGGGUGGACGAACUUGAUGUCCUGGAGGGAGCGGAUCUUCGACAGCUGGAGUCGUACCUGAGAAUCCAGGAUGAAGGCCGCACUCUAGGCAACCUGUACCGGAUCGUCACUGAGGAGGGAUACGUCAAAUGGGUGUGCAUCGAUCAUUACCGUUGGAACUAUCGAGAGUCGGCAGUGCAGCAACUGAGAGAUGUGGUGGGAGUCAACUCUGGGUUUUUCGAUGAAGAGCAGGGCAGAAUCAAUAUCAGUCUGAUGUCCGCUGUACAGGCAAAGCAGUUCUAUGAGGCACUGAUCAAAGCGCGAAGAAUCCAUGAACUGACAGUCAGGCUGGGGUGGGAUACGACACUGGACGAUCAUCGGAAGCUCCGUACUGCUAUCACAAAUGCGAACAUAGCUUGUCUGACACUGAACAGGUUCAGUAACAAAGUGCCAGCAUUUGAUUUUAUCAACCGCAAUCGACGCUUUGACCCGAUCAUGGAGCUCCUGUCGGACGGGCGACUCCAAGUUAUCACACUAGAGGUGUCUGAGGACUUCUUCUCCCGGAUCAGCAGUUCCUCUAUCAGACGCGCUCCUCAACUUCGAACCCUAUCUAUGCGUCCCAUUCACCUCGAGGACGCUGCGUCCCAGACAACAUUCGUCAGACUUCUUCAGAACUGUCCCAAUCUGACAGAGCUGCAGCUUGAAACAAAGGAGCCGGACGCCAUCUUCGAUAUGCUUAUGCGCAAUGUCGAGCAUUUGUCAAACCUCAAAGUGCUGAAACUCUUCCGUUGGGAAUCUCCAAAGGACCAUAUCAUCAUCGACCUCCUCAAGGGCGAGGUCCAGGGCGCGUGGGCCAAGUUACGCGACGCUCCGACUUAUGAACCAUCGUAUCUGCUGCUUUUACAGAAAGGCCUACUCACUCGACUGACGAUUGCGAGUACCGUUAUUGAUCAAAAGAGGGAACUACUUGCAGAGAUCCUAUACAGAAAUCCGAAGCUCUUGGAACUCAAGCUCAAAUGCCCAUGCACGCGAUUUCUUGAGACGCUCGACCUGGUUUUAUGGGCGAGAGUGCGAGGGAAGGCGAAGGGACACGUCUACGCACCAUUACGACUCGACUUUACAACCCAUCCCGACGAAACAGCCGAUGAUCAUAUCAUCUCCUCUGUACACCUCUCGGAGGAGUCCGAUGUGCUCGACAUGUCCACUAACAUCAAACUGGGGUGUUCACCGCGGCCUGGUCAUGACUAUCUCCCCUCACUGAUCAACCGAUACGGAUGGUCCAUCAAGAUGCUGGAUGCCCUAUCUGGAAUGUUCCGCGAUGAUAUUGCUCAGCAGCUAGACAAGUCAACGUAUAGGAAGGGAUCUAAGGUCACGACUCUUAUGCUGAACGCAUAUGGUCUUUCCUCUACGGGUCUGUCCUCUAUAGGUCUGAGGUGCAUGGAUCGAAUCAUGGAUCGGUCGAGCUAUCUACAGGAAUUCCAGCUCCACGUUCGAAAUCCGUUAGUUGACGAUGCAGUGGAGAGUCGGCUGCUUCAUCGGUACAGGGAGGCGUUGACUGCGUUGAAGGUGCAGGUAGCACCGCACGAUUCAUAUUUUCCAUGGCUUGCGAAGACCUUUUUGACAAGGCGCGAUGUGCGAAGGCUGAAGGAUGUCUGUUUCCGCAACGAAUACAAAGGCACCUUUCCACAAGAGCACGUUCAAUGGCUUGCUGCAAUGGUUUCCUCUCCAAACGAUCUAUCUUCCCAAGAGUCGUCCCUAUCACAGAGCCUCGCAAAUCCUCAGGUACCGCCAUCUGCCAAGGCUGCUGCUGAUAUUCCGACGGCAUGGGAGCCAUUGCAGAAGUUCGAACUGUCUGGAUUUUCACUUGAACCGGAGGAUUGGAAGAAAGUUAUCGAGGCGCUUGAUUUUUCUAGCCUGAAGACAUUAGAUUUUUCCAGGAGCAACUUUUCCAUCGAGCAGUUCAAGACUCUGGUCGAUUGCAUCUCAGACGCUGGUUCUUAUGUACCGCUAGAACGUUUCUACUCUAGUGUAUCAACUCUUUCUCAACAAAGUAUGUCUUUCGAGAUGCAGCAGCUACGCGAGACACUUAGUGAGAAAGCGCCCCAAGUCAAACUUAUAUAUUAA